CUCAAAACCAAUCUCCAAAAAAGCUAUGGCCUCCAUUUUCUGCUCUCUUCCUCCCUCACACUCUCUUCUCCCCUCUCGCUCCAAAGCAAUCGCCGGCCAAUCCGGAAGUCGAUCGAUCAAAUCCGAGAACGCUGAUCACUUGCACUCAAAGAUUCGUGUUUGCUCUGAUGAGGGAUGCGCACCCAAGAGAAGGGAUUUGUUGCUUCGGAUAUUUAUCUCUUCGUUCGCUUUACCUGUUAUAGCUUCGAAUGCUGUAGCCGAAACGGAUGUGCAGGGGAAUUUUAGAGCUUAUGAAGAUGAGACGAAUAAGUUCCGGAUUUUGGUGCCACAAGGCUGGUUAGUUGGUGCAGCAGACACCAAAAGCAUCUACUCUGUUACUGCAUUCUUCCCUGAAGAAGCUUCUGAUUCUAAUGUCAGCAUUGCUAUCACUGGGCUUGGUCCAGAUUUCACCAGUCUGAAAUCUUUUGGUUCCGUAGAUGCAUUUGCAGAAAGUCUGGUAAGUGGGUUGGAUAGAAGCUGGACAAGACCUCCUGGGCUGGCAGCAAAACUGAUUGAUUGUAAAGCUGCAAAUGGGCUGUAUUAUGUGGAAUAUACGAUGCAGAGUCCAGGGGAAAAGCUUCGACAUUUAUACUCAGCCAUUGGGGCCGCCACAAAUGGUUGGUACAAUAGGCUUUAUACAGUCACAGGGCAGUUUGUGGAGGAUGAGUCGGAUAAAUACGGAUCAGAGAUACAGAAGGCGGUAUCAUCAUUUAGAUUGACGUGAGAAACGGAGAUUUAUACUUGCUACAGAAGCAUUGAGGUUCAAAAAGGGUUUUUAAUGUAUAUUGUUCGUAUCAUCUUUCCAUGUAUUUUGAUUCGUAGCCGUAUAGUCGAGGCUUUCUCUUAGUUGUGAUCUGCCACAUACUGAACUUCCCUGUAAGCAUUCAUUCCAUCAUCAGAAUCAUUUGCAAAGCACACUUUAACGUC